UGUGUGGGAGGAAGAAACUUUGAUUUGACGCAUUAACGUACAGGCUGUCAGUGCGAGUCGGGGGGAGGUAAACAAGAUGGCGACAACCUGAGUAGCAAGAGUAACACGAAGAGUCAGAAAAUUUAACUGAUAUACCCAAGUGAAACAUUUGCUUCACCCAGAACGGACAAACAGAGGCAAAAUAAAACCUGCGACGCCAACAAGAUUCAUAUGGAACUAGGCACCAGGCAGUAGGAACCGUGGAGGCAUGGAGGACACCUGAGGACGGUUGGAUUCAUUGGAUGGCUCAGUCGACCUCCAGGAGCCGGACUGAUACCAGAGAUUGGGUUGAUACUGCUGCAUGAGUUUGGCUGCAGAUCUGUUCUUGGAUCCAGUCCAGCUGUGCACACUUAUGUACCCUGAGGAAACCUAUGCCAUGAAGCAUGGACCUUUGACAGAAAUGCUGUGCUGCAUGGCCUUGAAGCAGGACUGUUUUCCCUUACCUAAGGCUAUAUGGUAAUAAAUUAAUAUAGAGGUGACUUAGAGUUAAACAGAUUUUUCCUCAUUUCUGUUCAACUGCACAUGUCACAUAUGUAGUACAAAAUGCACAGUACAAAGCACUAACUUAGUACUGGACCCAACAGGUUCUUCACCUCUGUUCGCACCUCUUGAGAGAAUAGAGCCCUCAUGUUUACAAAUUGGGAUUGAUCCCCCCACCUCCUCCCUCACCUCUCAGGCCUAUUCUCUCUCCCAUAUUCAGUAUUUUGUAGUUUAUCUGUAUUCCAUUUUUUGGGAUUAAAACAUUCAGCUCAGUGCUGAAAGGUUACCAGUGGAUUUAGUCUCUCACAGCAAUCAUAGCUAUUUGCAAACGUUUUUGCACAGGAGGCUUAAGUAGUCACUGCCGAACUGUCAGUCAUGAGUACCGGCGAGCUGCAUCAUCUUGACUAUCUAAAUGACAAUGAACUGAUGGAGAUGGAUACUUUCAUUCACCGCAUUGACUCUACUGAGGUGAUCUACCAGCCACGAAGGAAGAGGGCAAAGCUGAUAGGAAAGUACUUGAUGGGGGAUCUGCUAGGGGAGGGAUCUUAUGGCAAAGUGAAAGAGAUGCUGGACUCAGAGACACUUUGUCGCAGGGCUGUCAAAAUACUGAAGAAGAAGAAGCUGAGGAGGAUUCCCAACGGAGAAGCCAAUGUGAAAAAGGAGAUUCAGCUGCUAAGAAGACUCCAACACAAGAAUGUGAUUCAAUUGGUGGAUGUGCUCUACAAUGAAGAGAAGCAGAAAAUGUAUAUGGUGAUGGAGUAUUGCGUUUGUGGGAUGCAAGAAAUGCUGGACAGUGUCCCAGAAAAAAGAUUUCCAGUAUUUCAAGCUCACGGGUACUUUUGCCAACUCUUAGAUGGCCUUGAAUAUUUGCACAGCCAGGGAAUAGUUCACAAAGACAUUAAACCAGGGAAUCUGCUACUGACCACAGACGGUGCACUUAAAAUCUCCGACCUGGGCGUAGCAGAGGCCCUUCACCCAUUUGCAGAGGAUGACACAUGUCGCACCAGUCAGGGCUCUCCGGCCUUCCAGCCUCCAGAGAUUGCCAACGGACUGGACACCUUUUCAGGGUUUAAAGUGGACAUUUGGUCUGCUGGAGUAACACUAUACAACAUUACAACGAGUCUGUAUCCGUUUGAGGGGGACAACAUCUAUAAGCUAUUUGAGAAUAUUGGAAAAGGAGACUACACUGUUCCCGAGGAGUGUGGACCUCUCCUGUCGGACCUGCUGCAAGGAAUGCUUGAGUACGACCCUGCAAAGAGGUUUUCCAUACAGAACAUAAGGCAACACAACUGGGUGCGUAAGAAACAUCCUCCGUCUGAGCCCCCUGUGCCCAUCCCUGCCAACGCAGAGAGCAGGGAUCCUUGGCGGAGUAUGACUGUCGUGCCCUACCUGGAGGAUCUGCACGGCUACACAGAGGAGGACGAUGACGAGCUCUACGAUGAAGAUGAGAUCAUAUACACUCAGGACUUCACAGUGCCAGGACAAGUGGGCGAAGAAGAUUUGGACGAGGGGCACGCAGACCACAGCUCAGCCAAGCCAGUUUGUGUGAACGGGACAGAGGGGGGGUCUCUGAACAGCAAGGCCAAAGCCGAACGCCGAUCCUCCUCUUCAUCCAACCCCUCACGUAAAGGAGUCUCCACAGCCAGCAAGAUCCGCAAGCUCUCCACCUGCAAACAGCAAUGAAAACCCGCCUCUUUCUCCCUCGGCAACAACCCACCUGGUUGAUCUGUCCCCGUCCUUCUGUGUCCGGAGUCCUCACAGGUGUGAGAGAAACCUGCUGACGUUAAUGCCCCCAUACCUCCUUGGACCACUGGCCUGCAGAGCCUUUUGAAGAUGCGGUAUGAGUGACGGGGAGGAGGAGGACAGCAUGAAAUGUUCUUUUUGCUCUGAGACUGAGGCACUGGCUGUGAAGAUGAUGGUUUUUUUUCUCCCAUAUUUUGGCUCCUUUCAACUAUUGUCAUCUGGUAAUUUCCCCUCUCCACCCUGACAUCCUCUGAGGAGGGCCCAGUGUUGCACCGGACGUUACAAACACCAUCACCCCUGUACCCCGCCCAUCCACCCCCUCUACCCCACCUUCUGUUUCUUUGACUACGUUUGUUUUUACAGAACCCUAAUGGCAGUUUUUAAGACACAUUGUGAUGUGUAAAGAAAAAAUUAAAGCGGAAAAAAAAAAGAUAACAAAAGUUAUGAAUAAUUCUAUAUUUAAAUCUAUAAUGAGAAUAAUUAUGAUAGUACUCUCCUACUACCAACAUAAAAAAAACUGCAUGCUGUACAGAGCUGGAAGAAAGGGAAAGUGCUUGGUUUGUUGACAGACUGAUGCGUUGAGAUCCACUGCUGACCUGUUGGGGAUUUUUGAUUUCCAUUUAGGUUUCUUUUCCUUUUUCCAAUGAAUAUUUUUUAAUUAUUAUUUAUAUAAAAUAUGUCCCAAACAGGCUAUUUUGUUGGAUGAUCCUUUCUGUUUAAUUUUGAGAUGAGUAUAUUUUUAAUGCAAUACACCUCAGUGGUUUAUGUCCUUUUUUUGUGGUUAGUAUUACAUUAACUGUCGUUUAAAAGGUUUCACUUUGAUAGAAAUACUACAGACUAAAACUCUGAGUUUGUCGUCGGAUCCUAAAAUAUCAAGAGCCGAUGCCGCUCGGCUGCAGGUGGUGUGUGCCAUCACCCAGCCGCCUGUUUUCUAGCGAUGCUCUUUGUUGCACCGAUCACAUCGGCGGAAGCCCUGCCCCCCUCUUCCGCAGCCUAUCGUCAGCCCCUCGCUGGGAAUAGAUCAGAGAGCAGGUGAGUCACAACUUUGAGGGAGGGAGGGAGAGAGCAGCGCUUCCCACGUCAGCAAGGUCGACAGAGAGAUUAUCGGUUUAACAAGACGCACCAGGAAGGAUGAAGAGAUGUCUCACGUUACUGGAUUUUUCAGUGGUAUUAUUAGUACAUCAGGAGACUUUCUGUUUUCAUGGUGAUGAUUCUGCCGUCAUGACAGUUUCACUCAACUUACAUGAAUCACAUUACAACAGCAUACAAUCACAGGUUGGAGUCACUUUUUUCCACUUUUUUGUUUUAUUCAGAAAAAUGUUCAGUCCAAAAUGAAUAUGUGCCUCAGUUGGUCCCACAAAGUCGAGCCUAUUCAAUGCUGCGAGACAUUUGAAUUUUCUGCACUACUUGUUUUACAAUAAAGCAGAUGGUUGACCGCAAAUGAGGACAAAGACAUGAGUUUCAUAACAUACAUGUCCUUAAGCUCAAACCCAUGUCUGUGUGAAAGGAAAAGAGGGACAAGCUGUACUUAGCAUCGCAGUUUCCUAAGUGACACAUUUUACCAUGCAGCAAGUCCUAAUGUUGAAGAGAUGCAAUGUGACAUGAAUGCAGAAAGAAUCAUUACAUUUUACAUCCAUACUGGCAGAGGGAGAGGGAAAAGAAAGCUGUACAGCCUGUGAUUAAGAUGUCAAGAGAAUAUCUGCAGAGUAUUACUGAAAGGAUAGGGCUGCCAGUAUUCUAUAUUUUUCUUAAUGUCAAUAAAUAAACAUAACCAAGAA